AGAUUGAGACUGUCAUUGAAUGAGAGACUAAUUGAUACAAUAAAAGUAUGGCGGGUGAAGACACCAAGUACAAGAAGGCUGUUGCCACAGCUGCCUUUGAAAAGAUGUCAAAACGUCAGCAACGCGCUCUGUUCGCUGCUGCAGGUUUGAAAGCGGGAGCAAACGUUUCCCUCGCGUAUGCCAUUGACAAGUUUAGAAGGGACAAGAUCCGAGAGAUUGUUUUUUAUUUGUUUUUUCUCGUCAUCUUCACCACGAGUGCUUUGAUACAGAGAAAUGUUACAGACUCUCAUUACUACAUGCAAACAGUCAAAGACGCGAUUUUGAAUGAGAAUUUUCCCGAUGUCACUUGGUUUAAAACUUUUAAUGAUGUUGCCAUCGAUGCAGAUUUCUGGGAUUACAUGACAACGGUUAUUCCUCAGUAUCUAUACAAAGACAAAUGGUACAACGGUCAACAGUACACUUCUGCAGAGAUGAACUAUGUUCUACAUGUCAAUAGAUUAGUGCAAGCUCCACGAAUACGACAACUGCGUGUGAAUUCGCAAAUCUGUCCGGUUCCUCCUCGACUUGCAAAUGUGAUCAAGACUUGCUAUCCGGCUUUCAGUACAUCAGCAGAAAAUCGAACAAGCAUUCCCGGAUGGCCCCCUGGAACUUUAGUCACGUACAAGACUGCAAGCCAACUUGCAACGAGCGAGUAUCGGAAUGGACUUCUUCCUUACACCGGCGGCGGGUUUGCAAUAGACCUUCCUCUGUACUUUAACAAAACUCAAGCUCUCGAUUUUUUCAAUUACUUGAAGAGUGUGAAGUGGAGCGAUCUUCAUACAAGGGCAAUCUUCUUCACCUUCGCCUUGUACAACCCGGUCAACGGUCUCUACCUCUCCGUGCUCCUUCUCUUUGAAUUCCUGCCGUUCGGAGAAGUUCGCCCUUCCUCUCAGUUCCGUGUCAUUAGGAUGGGUCUGAGCACUGCCAACGACUACGCCACAGUUCUGCUCGAUGCCAUGGUUUAUCUCAUGGUGUUUUCCUACAUCCUGCAGGACGUGAGGAAGAUAGCAGCCAUGGGGAGGGUAUACUGGACUCACUUCUGGCACUGGUUCAACUGGGUCAACUACACCAUCUUCAUGGUGUCGCUCUACUUCAAGAUCAGCUUCUACAUGGCGAGCUUGAGGUACGUCAGCGGUAACGGAAAUUCCGACAUGCAGACCGCAACCAUGGACUUCGAAGCUAUCGGGUGGACCUACUAUCAGAUGGUUAACUUCCAGGCCUUCAACAACAUCUUCGUGUGGUUGCGCGCCUUCACCUAUAUCAAAUACUUGACGACGGAUAUCGCCAACCUGUCCUACACUCUCACCAAUGCAGCUAAAGAUUGCGGUCUGUUUCUCCUGAUCUUUGCCAUGGUGAUAUUUGCCUAUGCCCAAGCAUUCCACAUUGCUUUUGGAACAGAUAUAGGGACUUACCAAACUCUCUUGGAAUCAAUUUUCGGCCUGUUCAAAACGUUGUUGGGAGAUUUCAACUUCAACGCAAUCAAGUCCAGCAAUGCGUACCUGGGGCCCCUACUCUUUAUCACAUUUGAGGUCGUGUGCUAUUUCAUAUUCUUGAACAUGUUCUUGGCAAUCCUCAACAAGUCAUAUUCUGAUGUGAUAGACAAGGGUGUAGAUGAUCCUAUGACUGUAGAGUUUCGAAAUACGCUAGCAGCAAACUUUAGGAGAUUCAUUGACAGACUCAACUUGUGGAAAUCCGAGGAUGGUUCCCGCAAUCAGCAGGAAGAUGGAGACGAAGAUGAAGAGGAAGUGAAGAAAAUUGAGAAGAAGAAGACAGCGCUGGAUGGUGAAGCACUGGGAAUGAUGUUGAACACCAUACAAGAGUUAUCAACAACCGUUCGAGGCAUCAAUGAGAAGAUCGAGAACGUGAGCAAAGUACAAUCUUUGAGUGGAGCUGGCAGGUUGCAGGUGCUCAAUAGAGCCUCAGUUGCGGGCUCCCUCGACAACCGAGACCUUGAUGGAAGCAACUCUCAGAACUCUCCGAUCAGUCCUACUGACAAGCAACUGUCUGCAGUUCAACCGGAUAUCAAUCGAAAUGGUCAGAAAGUGAGGUCGACCUCCAAACUGCACGAUGACAACCUUACUGAAGAACUUCUGGAAUCGGAUGCAGCUGGUGCAGACAACAGAACAAUCCAAGAGAAACAAACUGAAAGCGCGCAAGGAAAUGUUUCAGGCAUCAAGCAAUACAAGAGGCCAACUCUCCCAACUUUAGAAAGCAAGACAAGGCCAGAUGAUGAAGAAGACGCGACACCAAGGCUAUGAUGGGAGUAUGAAACACGGCAAGAAUGACAGUUAUCAUCGAAGGAUGUAGGAGACGUACGAUAUUUACAGAUUACUUACAAAAGAAUAAACUUCCUAGUAUGG